AGAUGCGCAGAAACCUGCGCAGUGAACAAAUUUCGGCCUUUUUGGUCGAGCUUCCAAAAUGACUGCCAAGCUGAAAAAGACGAGGAAGCUGCGUGGCCACGUCAGCCAUGGCAAGGGACGUAUUGGAAAGCACAGGAAACAUCCUGGAGGCCGGGGUAACGCCGGUGGACAACAUCACCACAGGAUUAACUUUGACAAAUACCAUCCUGGUUACUUUGGUAAGGUGGGUAUGCGUCACCUGCACAUGAAGAGGAACCAGAAGCACUGUCCUGCAGUCAACCUGGACAAGCUGUGGACCCUCGUCAGCGACCAGACACGCGAGGUCUACGCCAAGAAAACAGACACGGCUCCAGUCAUCGACGUCGUGAGAGCAGGAUUCUACAAGGUCAUCGGGAAAGGUCGUCUGCCCAAGCAGCCCGUCAUUGUCAAGGCCAAGUUCUUUUCUCGUCGGGCAGAAGAGAAGAUCAAGGGCGUGGGAGGAGCCUGCAUUCUGGUGGCGUAGAGGCUUUAUCUGAGUAAAUUCCACAUUAAACAUACAGAAAAAUACAUCCAG